UAGUUCGCAACAAGCAGCAGGAAACCUGCAGCAGCACAGCGCGCAGCGAACUUCCUCUGGUUUUAGUUAGAGCUGGCAGCUUCGUCGUUCUCGAUCGGCACAAUGGACCGGCAAGGGUCUCCACUCAUACAACAGCCUGUAAAACGACAGUCGAUCAACUGGUGGGCGAUGCUCAUCAAACCGUGUCUGGCCGAGUACGUCGGAACCACUCUGUUUGUGUUCGCCGGCAUUCUCUCCGCUUCUAGUUCGUCAGAUCGCGGAGAUUUUGUCAACGUAGCUCUCGGGCACGGGUUGGCAUUGUUUGUUAUGGUGGCGUGUACUGCGGCUGUUAGUGGUGGUCAUCUCAACCCUGCAGUAACACUCGGAGUUUUCCUUACUGGGACAUUGGCUCCUGGUGUUGCUCUUGGGUUCAUUGGGGCACAGCUACUAGGCGGCAUUACUGGAGCAGGUUUGGCUAAGGGUCUCGUGAACUAUACGGCUCCGAAUAUGUCGUCGACGUCUGCUUUGACUGAACCUCCUCUGCAUCAAGAUGAUGUCCAAGCUAUCUUUGCUGAAGUGGUACUGACGACAAUACUCGUUCUGACUGUGUUGACGGUGGCUGUUGAAACGAAAGGCAACAAUCCGAUUGCACCGUUAGCAAUUGGCAUGGCUGUUGCAGCUGGAAUUUUUGCAGGGGGUAACGUGUCUGGCGCUAGCAUGAAUCCAGCUCGCAGCUUUGGUCCUGCAGUUGUAUUCAACACAUGGGGCCGAGUGUGGGUGUACUUCGUUGGAUGCCCAUUGGGUGGCAUCAUCGCCUCAAUUGUCUAUCGCAUUGCUCUAACCAAUCGAUCACUACCAAUUCCCAUCGUGUCAUUCUUCAAACAGCAAAGGAGCGGUGGCUUGUGACACAUAUGUAUCACUGUGGGAAGUGUUGUGUUAACCAAUGUGCAUGCAGCUGUCUCAUCUAGAUUUACUAUGUACUCUUAGUCAAUCUGUUACAUUUCUGUAGCUUUUAUGCAGUGAAUGUAGCUGCUUGGAUAUUCUCAUUUUUAGUCAAAUUUUGUUACUGAAAA